GUGGGGAGCCCUGUUUUUCGGCACUUGGCUGCGUAGCUUUGUCUGGCCAUGGCAUCGCGGAACACGGAGCCGUUCCUGAGAAUGGCCGGCAGUAGCACGGCAGACCUAACAGUCUUCUUUGAAGGCACUGCCAAUACCAUCGACCCUUUGACUACGCAGAUCGGCCUCUUCUUUAUGCUCACAGAUGCCUUCGACGUGAGUGGCGGGAGUCUCGGAGGAGCACCCUUGGGUCAACCCAGGAAGAUGGCCUUCGACGGCUGCGGGGUCACCGACGGCUUCUGCGGCACCAUCUGCGCCAAGGGCCUGCGGCGCCAGUGCGCGCAAGUGCGGCGCCAGGUGGACAGCUUGCUCUCGGAGUUGGAGGCCUCCGCCAGUCCGCGGCGCCUGCGGGUGAACGCGGUGGGCCUGUCCCGGGGCGGCAUCGCCUGCGCGUACCUGGCGACGAAGGCCAUGGCCGACAUUUCGGGGGCUGCCUGCGAGCUGAACCUGCUGCUCUUCGACCCGGUGCCAGGGGAUCUUCUGACUGUGGCGCAACUGGACCUCUUUGGGCUCACCAACACCUGGGCCAGCUGCGACGUAUCUUCGUGCCUUUGCUUGAGCCGGGUGCUGGCUCUGUAUCCCUACGAGCCUCUGCCGGCAAUUGCGUGCCACGCGCCGGUGCUGUGCCGCUUCCCGGACCACACCAUGGUGGAGGAGGAGGUCACUCUAGGCUGCCACCAGGGCGCUUUGCAGGUUCACCGCCUGGGCUCAGAUUUGGCCUCCGGCCUCGCCUUUCUGCGCAUCAGGCGGUGGCUGAUGGAGGUCGGCACGCCCUUAGAUCACCACCACCUGGCUCUCACCGUCUCCGUCAAGGAGCUCGAGGAAUCCUGCCUGCAGCGGUGCACUGGGGAGGCCAAGAAGCAGCGUCCUUCCUUGCGCUGCUCCCACUCCGCCUUCAGCUACUGGGGCGCCACCAUCGUGCGGCACAGCCCGAGCAGCGGCCUGAGAUUUCUGAAUCAUCACCACCGGCUUCUGGCUGCACAGCCAGCCGAUGACGAUGAGAAGUGGCUGCUUGAAAUCCAACCAGACAAAGCUCCCUUUCCACUGGGUAUUCUUGUCAUUCUGGCGUUGACGCUUCUGGUGGUGCUGGUGCCCGUCCUCUCAGGGCAAUGAAGGGUGGCAAAGAUCCCCCUUCGGCCGAGCGUUGGCCCUGCAGAUGGGGCUAAUUGGGGUCCACUUGUACAGGGGUCCGACCAGAGUGCCAACUGACAGGCGACUAUCCAUGCAUUGGGAGAGCUGGCCGCCUCAAAAUCGACGCCAAGUGGUUAUCCGCCUUGCAGUUGAAACCAACGAUGGGCAAAUCGCAUAUUUAAGACGCGGACACAUUCGUGGGG